GGAAGCGGGGGUCCCUGGAGGUUGGGCCGCGGCGGCGCCGGCAGACGCCCCCCCGCGUUGCUUUUGGGAUGCCAGGUCACCCCAUAGCCCAGGCUGGGGGCAGUGGGGUGAACGCCGGCCAUGGGACAAGCACUUGGCCCCAAUCCCCUCUGGGUUGGCCAGGAUCCCAUGGUGGGACAUUCGCCUGGUGACCCCACAGAGAGGCUUGUGGGGGUGUUUCUGGGAAGGCAGAGGUCUGGAUGCUUUUUCCUGGUGCUCCACAGUAGUCCCGUACGAGGAAGACAGGCAGGAAUGUCACCUGCAAUAAAAGCUGGGCUUCGAGCUCAGGCAGUGGUGCUUGUAGGUAAAACAACGCACCUAAACACUGAGUUUUUGUAACAGUUUGGGGCUUGCUUUUUAAACUUAAGUACUCUUGGUAAACAUGGCGGAGGGCUUGGUUGCUUCCUGCCGUUUCACGGCCACGCCAAGUUUUAUCUGACCUUCUGAAAUCUUUUGGCGACUAGUGUUUUAUCAGGCUGUUUUUGAAACUUUGAAUAGGCUGCUAAGCGUUUGCUUUGGGGAGUUACAACUUCGCCUGAGCUGGCCUGCUGAUAGGAAGCUUAGAUGGCCUUGCCUAAGCGGGAGGGUUCAUUUCAUACCUGUGCCAUCCCCUCCCCGUGACAUCAAGCACAAACGUGCUGUCAUGCAUCCAAAAACUAACCUGGAGGGGAAAACACCUCAUCCUGAAGUCGCUCAUGGUUAUACUUCCUGUGCGUGUAGACGUGGUUGAUAAUGAAAGUGAUGAUAAUGUGUUUAUUUUUAGCCCAUGCCAUUCCUUUGAGAUGUUACCCCCCCCCAAGAAAUACAUUAUUUUUAACACCAGAGUCUUCCCUGUGAUACAACCCAAGGAAUUCCUAGAAGCUGUAUGCCAGUUUGGAGGGCCAAAAAGCUCUGAUGAGGGUGUAGCAUGGCAUUCACAAAUACAGCACUGCCAGUGAUUUUAUUUCGCUAUCAAAAUAGGAAGUGACAGUGAAAUUUGUACUGCCAAACACUGCUCUUCCGAAACAGAGCCCGCUUCAUCCAAACAGAACUUAUGUCAGAGCAUCAACUCGGGCGUUAAAUCUCCUUGCUCCCUGUCUUCAAAGGUGAUUGAAGGUGACAAAAGCCCCGUUACAGAUUGACUGUUCAGUACAGUGGGAAUUUUGCAGUGCUCUGCUGUCUGCUAAACAAAUCCCAUUAAACACUUUCAGUUUUGUUCUGUUAGUACGAAAAGCAAGGGCUGUCUGAGUGCUGAAGCACAGCAGAAUUUAAUUUAUUCCAUUUCAUCUUUUCUUCCUACAGGCGCUCUUUCCAGUUCAGUUUGUAUGUUUAAUUGAAGGAUAAAGUGCAAUGUAAAUGGCUGAUAGGUAUUGCCACAUUCCUGAGCUAACUUCAGGUUUCUUCUGUCUUUGGAAAGCCGAGGUCCUAACGUGCCACCAGCACUGAAGUAACACAACCCAUCACCAGACAGUUAGAAAAACAGAGUUUGGCAGCGGCAUGGAAACCACAGAACUUUGCACAUUCAUUUUAGUUGCCGUUGAGUUUCCCACCAGGUCUAUAUGGCAAACUUGUGCUGGCACAGCUCUGUCUGCGAGCGCUGUGACGAAGUGUGACCCGUGACUGACAUAGCUGUGCCAGCAGAAGUCCCAGCUGUAGAAGCAGUUAUCUGCAAAAGUGCACUUUUACUGAUACAGCUUGUUUUCGUUUCUAAAGGCUGUUUUUCCCUAUCCUGGUGGCAGCGCUGCUGCCGGUAAAGCACCGCGCUCCCGGGAUGUGGUGUAAUCAGACAUUUAUUUGCCUGGCUUGGAAGGGACGACUGGUCAGGUUUAUUUUCUGUGUGUGGCUCUCCUCUUCCCAUCCACUGUCUGUAAGAUUUCACAGUUGCAGUGAGAAUUCUCUCCUGGAAACUAACAGGGAUGCCAAAGGAAAAAUAUGAUCCUCCAGAUCCUCGCAGAAUUUACACCAUCAUGUCAGCAGAAGAGGUAGCCAACGGGAAGAAGUCACACUGGGCUGAAUUAGAGAUCUCGGGUAGAGUGCGGAGUUUAAGUACAUCACUUUGGUCGCUGACGCACUUGACUGCUCUGCACCUCAAUGACAAUAAUCUUACUCGCAUUCCGCCUGAUAUUGCCAAGCUUCAUAAUCUGGUUUACCUGAAUCUGUCAUCCAACAAACUCAGAAGUUUACCAGCAGAACUAGGAAACAUGGUAUCUCUCAGGGAAUUGUUUUUAAAUAACAAUCUGUUACGGGUUUUGCCUUAUGAACUUGGACGGCUCUUCCAGCUACAAACCCUAGGUUUGAAAGGCAAUCCUUUAUCACAAGAUAUUCUCAGCCUCUACCAGGACCCAGACGGAACUCGAAAGCUACUGAACUACAUGCUUGACAAUCUAGCAGUUCAUCCAGAGCAGCUGCCUCCAAGGCCAUGGAUUACUUUAAAAGAACGAGACCAAAUUCUGCCCUCAGCUUCAUUCACAGUUAUGUGUUACAAUGUGUUGUGUGAUAAAUACGCCACCCGGCAGCUCUAUGGCUACUGCCCAUCUUGGGCACUCAACUGGGAGUACAGAAAAAAGGGAAUCAUGGAAGAAAUCGUCAACUGUGAUGCAGAUAUUAUUAGUCUUCAGGAAGUGGAAACAGAGCAAUACUUCACCCUUUUUCUGCCAGCCUUGAAAGAACGAGGAUACGAUGGAUUUUUUUCUCCAAAGUCACGUGCCAAAAUCAUGUCUGAGCAGGAGAAAAAGCAUGUGGAUGGCUGUGCAAUAUUCUUCAAAACUGAAAAGUUUACGCUAGUGCAGAAGCAUACAGUGGAGUUCAACCAAGUGGCAAUGGCUAACUCUGAAGGUUCAGAAGCUAUGUUGAACAGAGUGAUGACGAAGGACAACAUCGGAGUUGCCGUGGUGUUAGAGGUGCACAAAGAAUUAUUUGGAGCAAGUAUGAAAUCACUUCAUGUGGACAAACAGCUGCUUAUUGUGGCCAAUGCCCACAUGCACUGGGACCCUGAAUACUCAGAUGUGAAACUCAUUCAGACGAUGAUGUUUGUCUCAGAACUGAAAAAUAUCCUCGAGAAAGCCUCAAGCAGGCCCAGUAGCCCAACAGCAGAUCCUAACUCUAUCCCUCUGGUGCUGUGUGCGGAUCUCAACUCGUUGCCUGAUUCAGGUGUAGUGGAAUACUUAAGCAAUGGCAUAGUAGCUGACAACCACAAGGACUUCAAGGAGUUGCGUUAUAACGAGUGUCUCAUGAACUUCAGUGGCAAUGGAAAAAACGGGGCUUCUGAAGGAAGAAUCACGCAUGGCUUCCAACUCAAGAGCGCCUAUGAAAACAACUUGAUGCCUUACACCAAUUACACUUUUGAUUUCAAAGGUGUGAUUGACUACAUUUUCUAUUCCAACACUCACAUGAACGUGCUUGGUGUCCUGGGGCCUUUGGACCCUCAGUGGCUGGUUGACAACAACAUCACUGGGUGUCCACACCCUCACAUCCCUUCAGACCACUUCUCACUGUUAACACAACUCGAACUCCAUCCUCCGCUCCUGCCUCUUGUCAACGGUGUGCACUUGCCUAACAGGAGGUAGUGGAGCCCUGCCCCUUUGAGGGCAAGGACCUGUUGUUAUGGACCUGUACAGUUGUAAAUCAAAGUAUAUAGGAGUAAAGUAUGGCCAACCUUAAGCUGCUUCUUCAAGCUCCUUUCCUUAUGUGUUUGAUAUGAGAUUUUGCACAUUUUGGUGCAUAUUGGUAUCAUUUGGCACUAGGGCUGGAACCAAAGUAUUAUUCCCUUUCCAAAUUCUUAAUUUAAUUUUUCUUUUUUUUUUUUUAAACUGGCAAGCUUUUCCUUUUCAGUAGGAAGCUGCACUUAGAAAUGGACAAAUGAGAUUAAAAACUUGCAUAUUAAUGUAUUUCAAGAUAGUGCUUUUUUUCCAGAACGUGGCAAAAUGAGCCAACCUUUUAGGAGAAAGAAAGAAAAGAAUAGAAAUGCUUGUUUUGUAGGAAGAAUACUAGAAAUGCUGUUUGUUUGAACCCAAAAUGAGGACUGAACUCUGCAUCCAAAAUAAAUUUUGCACAUUAGCAAAGCACUUAAUAACCUGAGUAUAAAUGAUGAGCAGUGUGGCACUGCCCCUCAUCUAACUAAUAUUAGAAAACCAAAGAUAUCUGAAUAUCAGUGAUAAAAUUUGAGGUCUAAAUUCUCCUGAUGUCAUUUCAUUUCCAACAAAAUUCCCAGCAAACCUAUGUCUCGUAGGUGAGCGUUGAAUGCUGGGCAGAUCUCAUGGGGAGUCUCUUCCAGAGCUCUGCAGAACUGGGUCCUUCCUGGGAGGGAUACCCAGGGAUCCAGAGGGAAACAGAGCUGCCUCUUGGCAAGCCAGGGCAACACGCUCUUCAGCAGCGCAGUUUGGGAGCAGGACUUCAGAAAGGUUAAGAAAUUGCACUUGAAGCCAGCUGUUGGGGUUCCGGGUGAAUAAAGAAGUUGCAAAUCUAUCCUAAAUUCCCUUUUCCCGGAAGGGAAACAUGGGAUUAACUGUUUAAGCAUAGGGUACAGGAAAAAACUGCUGGAAACAACCUUCCGUCUCCAAAGGGCACAUGGAGUAGCCAUUGGCAUGGUUUUUUUCUCGGGGGAGCGAGUGGGAGCCAUAGUCAUUCCUUGGAUUGUUUUUCCUGACCCUAGUUGCCAAAUAUCCAUCCCACUUUUUUUAAUAACCUUUCUCUUUUGUUGUCAGUCAGGGUUGAAUUAGAAAGCUGCUGGUUCAUUCCCAAAUGUUGAUGCUCUUUGGAUGUGUUGGAAAUCCCUUUUUUUCUCCCUUUUUCUGCUCUAGGUGGCCAGUUCAAACCCUUGUGCCUCAAGAGGCAUUGAACGUAAUGCAAUUUUCUGAAAAAUAAAAUUGUUUGGCUGCUUAAUGUUAAAAAAAAACCCCAACAAUCAAUGGCACAGUGAUAGGAAAAGGUUGUGUCUGUGUUUUUAAGUUUUUCUUUAUUCUGCUUUUUUGCUGCUAUAAGAUUUUCUUGAAUUUCUAUUUUAAACUUUUCAUGCAUUUUACUGUUUCUAGUCUCAAAAUGUGAUAUUUUUAAUAAAUGAAAAGAAAUUUUCCAUUACGUGAAUGAAAUUUUUAAGCAGAUUGAGAGCCUAUAUUUAUGUCUCAUUCGUAUACCGGAAAAAAGAAAAAGUCAAAUUUAAAUUGUGAAAUUAGUUUUAAAUACUAAGGAGCCAUCUUCAGUCUUGCGAAACUGCAGAGUCAGGCUCUUCCUCUACUCUUUAAUUAUUUCCUUUGUCGUUUUAUACAUAGGAAGUUACCCAUAGGGGGGAAAUAAAUAUCAAUUGGACUUAGAGUAGAAACUAUGCCCUGACUCUUGUUGGGGGCUGGGGAAGGGGUGGUGUGGGACAGAACAUAAACAAAUCGGUUCAACCAAACAACUCCCUUGUAAGAAAAGAAGUGCCUAAAAAAACCGGAGGCGUCACCUUUUGUCUACUCCAAAUUGGAAGCUGGGUGAAAUUCCUGCACGGCAAUUGCUUUGUGCAGCACCACACGCAGAAAAAAAGCCCUUUCUAAAGAUGCAUUUUCCUCUAGGUGCAGGUAUCUCGUUUGCAAUAUACCUCAGCAUCCACCACCCAGCCAUUAAAUUGCGGAAGCGAUUGGAGAGUAUAGUACUGGAAAGUAGAAUAGCAUGAAAAACUUAAAUUUUGUGGACAUUACCUUUCUGUAAUCAGCUGCUGUAUCGUUUUUGGAGGUGAGGGUACUCUGCUCCAGAGGUGUGCACUAACCAACCCUUCUCCUCCUCUUCCCACCCACAUGUUAAGUAGCAAUGCAAGCAGUAUUUCCUACCAUACUUCACUCCCAGUAUUUUUUGAGAUGUUUGUAUAAAAUGGAAUUUAAAAUCCACCUAUGAUUGUAUAUGAACUGCAGAGGAGCCCGUUUAUUAAUAAAACCAACAGCAAUGUUUUGUAAUACCGGGGUGGGAGAGGAUGGGGAUGAAAACCAAAAACCAACCCAAAUCCUGGCAAAUGUUGUAAACUGGUUAGGUUUGACUUCCCUUUGGUUUCUCACCGAUUGAAGUGUUCUGUUGCAGGAAGGUGUUUAAUUGGAUUUUCUCUGCUUCAAAAUGCACUUCCAAACGUCUGUUAUGCUGUGUGAUUUCUUUAAAAAAACAAAAGAGUUAUUUUAACAGAUGUUGCACAAAACCUCUGGAUUUAAAACAAAAUGAGUCUUGUUUAUGUUUCAGCCGAUGCGCAUAACCGGAGACACGUUUACUUGCCUUUCAUGUGUCUGGCUCCCACCUUGUUUUCCAUCUGGAUUUUCCCUUCCCAGCAGGAGCAGUAAGGGGAUUGUCCUUUUUUUCCCAGCCAUAGUGAUACUCUGCUCUAGGAAAAAACCAGGCAGCCGCCAGCCUCGUGCAUGGGCUGAAAUCCCUUUCAAUAAAGGCUAAUUUUCUUCUGGCCCAGAUGGAAGCUGACAGUAGAGUGUUUUCUAGGGAAGAGAAAGCAAUACAAAGUCAAAUAUCCCUAACUCUAAGCAGAGAUGGGUGGGAGAACAUCAGUUCUCUCCAUCACUGACCCUCAGUUGCCAGCACAUCACAGUCAAUGCCUGGGUAAAAAAGCUCUAAGCCCUUUACUGCUCCUGGCUGUCUUGGUUUGCUUUCAGAAAUAUGGUGCCUGGUGUCAACUUCUAAGCAACAGCACUGCCUAAAGCAAGCAGAGAAAAAAAAAUCCAACACCCUUCCACGAGCAACUUUUUAAAAUUCAGUAUGGUAAACCUGUUCGGUAUGGGGUUUUGUGUGUGUACAUAUAUACAUAUAUAUAUAUAAAAAAAGAGAAUUUUGUACAAUGUAGCUGAAUAUUUCUGUUUCCUUAUUUCUCUGUAAGGAGUGUGAACAUUCGUGUGCUACACACUGAAGUCAGGGAGGGCACAAUGGGGUCUGAAACCAGCUUUACUUCCCAUUUGCCUCGUCAAAAGCUUUUGUCAUCUCUUUCUAGCACUCGUUCCAGCAUAAUGUUUCAGUUUAUGAGUAAGCUUGCUUUGUCUGUUGGAAGCCACUCCUGGUUAGGCUGCAGAAACAUUCAGAAAAGGUCUGUUAAUCCCAAAUCCUCACUGUUCUGUGUUUUAUAGACUAGAAAGCUGAAAUCUUUGACUCUCGACCUUUUCAGAAGCACUUGCCACUGACCUAAUGCAGCUCUCAAAACCACGCCAUCAGCAUUUGGGUGACACUGUGGAUGGCUGAUGGCCUCCCACCCUGCUAGCUUUGCUAUGGAGACUCCUAAAUCCACGGUCACGCUCCCGAGGCCCACUUUCCAAAGGUGCUGAGCAUCUGCAGCUGCCACUUAAUCCCAAAUGUUGGGCUUUUGGAGACCAGCUUUCCACACCCAGCUUGUCUAUCGCGUCCAAAUGGCAAGUGGGAAUUUGGGACCUCAAAGGUUUAUGUCACUUCUUCCUGUGGUCUUGGUCAGGUGGUGAGGGGGAAGCCAAAAAGGCUUGUUAAAAUUGAGAGUCUCUCUUGUUAAUUUAGAACAUGAGCUGGAGAAAGAAACACUUUAUGGAUUCCUCAACCAGGACUGCAGUAUCCAUACCUUCUUGGUAGGGAGCAGGAACCAGACGUUGCUUCAUUUCCACAAUGCAGUUUUAGCUUUUAGCAUCAAAACCUUCCUUGGGCACGAAGUUGGGCAUAGUGAGGUGGAGUGAAAGGUCUUUUAGUCCUAUCCAAACCAAUUGCCUGCAUUAGAAAUACCACACAAAUGUGAUCCAUGCUCCCAUACUGGUUUAAAAGGAAGUUUUAUGGCAAAUAGCAGUUGUCCUCUCCCCAGCAACCUCAGCUUUGGACGUCAUUAUAAUUCAGUUCCUCUGUUCUUGGCUUCGCACAGAUACUUUCCUUGCAAUGUUAAUGAAGAUCUAAGGCCUGAUUUAAACCUUAAGAAGGACCCUCUCCCUGUUGUAUGGGGGGGUAACUGAUCUAAGCACAUCCUUACCUAAUACACCAGGCAGCAGCAGAAGGUGGUUCAGCUAAAAUCAGGCUGUCAACAUAGAAGAGCAGCAGGUCGUUGCCCUGCUUGGUCACCACAGAGCUGGGAUGUUCUUCUGGGUGGUCUUCACAACCCAAACUGCCUGGUAGGAAGCGAAGCAGCGCUCAAGACUCACUCAAGUUCACCUUGGCUUCAGGAGGAGUAUGGUUUCAGCACCAAAUACGUGCGUUGGAAAACCUCACCUGCCUGAUUUUGCACAUUCCAAAAGGAGACUAAAGCCUUACCCGGGGCUGGGGGCAGAGGGCCCGAUUUGUUAGAGACUGCAAAAGAAAUGAGCCCUGAGCACUGAGAGGUUUGGGGUUUUAUGAUAGACACUGUUAUUAGCUGAGUCUCUCCAUCUACCAGUGAGGAGAAAGCACCUUAUGAUACACAACUCACCAGCUUUUUGUAAGGUUACAGUAGUAUAAUCACGUAUCCUCCCUUUCUCACCCUUCAGUGGUCAAAGGCGACACAAACCCCAAGAGGAAACCACUCGUGUUAAGUCUCUAUGCCAAGCAUCAGCCAAGAACUCACUUAAAAAACAAUUUUAGGAGAUCAUGAGGCUUUAGAUCCAGUCACAGCUCUAAGUGACAGAGUAUCUUCUCCUGUGACCACUCUUCGCACUGACACUGACUGCAGGUUUGCUUUUUAAGCAAAAACCAAAAAUCAGAGCAGAUAAUGCAGGUACAGGCACUGCACGAUGAGAAAAGGGACAAAAUUAACACCUUUAAAGAACUCCUUCGUCAUAAGAAAAAUGACUCUAUAAUUAAGAGACGAUAAAGUUUGCUGGUUUGGCUACGAGGGAGGGUGAUGGACUUCAGGAGUACAGUUUCUUGGAGUAUAGCUGAAAAUAAGCAUGAAGAUAGAGAAACACUCAGGUGCUUUGAUACCUCAGGUAUGUGUUUUAGACAGCACUGAUGGCAAAGCACACCAAGCGAUAGGACCUUUUCUUUCCCCCCUCCCUGCCUGUGUUUAGCUUGCACAAUCCCUCACCCUUUGAGUGGUGAAGGUUAGAGGGAUCCUGGUAGUUGGUCUUGUCCUCAUUGUUAAACAGCUCCUACCAUCUUGGCAUCUACUGAGUUUGCAUUUCUCUGUAUUGACCUUUGUUCCGAAGCAAAAAACCAAGCCAGCCAAAAAACCCACAACCCUCACGGUGGCUUUCUUUCCAAGUGACAUGUUACAUGGCUUUGUUUCCCGUUUUUAAUUAUUGCACUAUGAGUUCGCUUUCCAAGCAAUUAAAAGUGUUUGUGUGCACCAUGGUAGCUAAAUAUGCCCUUAAUUCAUAAACUCACGGGCUGGACCAGCACAGUUGUGAUGGGAACCCAGGCUCCCCUUCCCACCCCGUUUCACAGUGGUUGUUUUGGGAGGUCAGGGUGAUUGUUAGUUGGAUUUCUUGCUUAUGUGUUGUCUUUGCAACUGCAAAGUCUGGUCCCUCAAAAGAUGGAAGUGCAUGUGGAGAAGGGAGGAAGCUGCUAACAUUUUAGGGGGGUUAUGUCUUGAUUUAUGGAAACAGCUUUAGAUUAGGAGCCCGUUGGGUGCUUGGAUGAGGAAACUGUCGCUUGCGGUGGCCGGGUUUUUGCCUGGCCUGCUCUGGGCCUUCCCCACCAGCCCUGACAUGGGGAUGGGGUCGGUCUCCCAGGCAAAAACCUCUGCAAAGCCUGGCACUGGCCCCAGUCAGCAUGUCUGCAAGAGCAGCCUUCAACUGAGCCCUGAGCAAAAAACUUGCUCAUUCCAUGUUUCCCACAAGAAUAAAUGGAAAGAAACCUUCUCUCCUUUGCUUUUACAAAAGGAUGCAGUUUUCUUUCGCUCCAAAAAUACUCACCUUUUGGAGAAAGUGCCACGCCACGGUGCAAUUCCCCCCAUAUUAAACUUUGCAAUGAAAAACUCACUGACAAAGCCAAUUCUCGCUGAGUGGGGACAGCGGGGAGCCAGGCGGGGGGAAGACCUGCUCCCCUGCACAGACCCAGCCUGGACCAAAUAACAACAACAACAACUGAGCAAGGCAGCCCUGCUUUUCCUUAACCUUUGGGCAGCUUGGCAAAGGGAGGUCCUCAAAACCCUGAACUGUUCAUUUUUGCUUCCUUUUUGAAAAGAAUUCUGAUUUAUUUGAAUUGAAACACACACACCCACGCUGUGGAGCCAGGGUACUGCUCACAUGGGAUGGAGAGGGCUAAAUCUCUGCUUGUUUCUUCUCACCUGUGUACUUAUAUUUCCUUCUGUUGGCAAUAAACAGCCCUUUUGCAACCA